UGUGUGUGUGCAGCUCUGCUCUGGUCUGACGACUCUCAGCCCGCUCUCUGGUAAUUAGCCCGACCCACCGCACCAGCAUGUCGUCCAGCCCGCAGGACCAGAACCAGGAUCAGGACCAGAACCAGGAUCAGGACAAGGACCAGGGGCAGAACCAGGAGCCGAAAGAGGAGGUGAAAGAGGAGCUGAAGGCGGAGGAGAAAGAGAAUAAAAAUGAGGAGAGGAAAGAGGAGAAGAAGGAAGGAAAGAAGGAGGAACCGAAGGAGUCCUGGAAGGAUUUUAUCUACAACCGGAGAACUGGAGAGUUCAUGGGCCGGACCGCCAGCAGCUGGGGUCUCAUCCUCCUCUUCUACCUCGUCUUCUACGGGUUUCUGGCAGGAAUGUUUUGUCUCACCAUGUGGGUGAUGCUACAGACGCUGAGCGAGGACGUCCCCCGCUACCAGGACCGAGUGUCCAGUCCAGGUCUGGUUAUUCGUCCUCAUGCUGCCGAUAUCUCCUUCAACCGCAGCGACCCGACGGACUACCAGCAGUAUGUCCAGCAGCUGCACCAGCUGCUGCAGCGUUAUAACGACAGUGUCCAGGAGAGGAACGACUUGUGUCUGGUGGGAGAGUACACAGAGCAGGACAACGAGCCGGUGAAGAAAGUCUGUCAGUUUAAACGCAGCACGCUGCGGCAGUGCUCCGGUCUGCCCGACACCAGCUUCGGCUUCGCUGAGGGUAAACCCUGCAUCCUGAUCAAGAUGAACCGGGUCAUCGGGCUGAAGCCUCAGGGAGACCCAUACAUUAACUGCACUGCCAAGAGAGACAGUCCGCUCCAGAUGCAAUACUUCCCAUCAGAAGGUCGUCUGGAUAAAAUGUUUUUCCCGUACUAUGGAAAGAAGCUCCACGCGGACUACGUGCAGCCUCUGGUGGCGGUCCAGCUGCUUUUGUCCAAAGAAGACCUGAACGUGGAGCAGACGGUGGAGUGUAAAGUCGAGGGUUCAAACCUCCGGAACAACGACGACCGGGACAAGUAUCUGGGCCGGGUCGUGUUCCGUAUCAAAGUCUCAGAGUAACCGGAUCUGCCAGACCAGGAUCUGGGUUUGAACUGGACGCUAAUGUCGAGACAAGUUGUAA